AUGCUGGUAAAGGGAAUCCGAUGCAGGGAGGAUAUGUAUGCUCAGGAUAGCAUAGACUUGCUACAAAACUCGGGAUUACAGUUUAAAAAACAUGAAGAAGAUGGCAUUGAACCUGUUGACUUUGCCGAACUUUUAAUGACUUCUGGUAUUGUACUAGUCGACAAUGUGAAAAUGUUGUCUUUUCACAGUGGAUAUGAUUUCGGAUAUCUGCUAAAAUUAUUAACCAACCAAAACUUACCGGCUGAAGAAAGUGAUUUCUUCGAGAUGCUGAGACUCUACUUCCCUUCUAUAUAUGAUGUAAAGUACCUGAUGAAGUCCUGCAAGAAUUUGAAAGGAGGAUUGCAGGAAGUUGCAGAGCAACUGGAGCUAGAACGAGUAGGGCCACAACAUCAGGCCGGCUCAGACUCCCUCUUAACAGGAGCAGCGUUCUUUAAGAUGAAAGAAAUGUUUUUUGAAGAUAAGAUCGACGAUGCCAAAUACUGUGGUCAUCUCUAUGGCUUGGGAACAUCUUUCGUAGUUAAUGGUAAUUCUGCAUCAGCAUAUAAUGACAAUGGUCACACAUCAGAUUCAACCUCUAAUUCAUAGUGAAGUGAGACUUGAGAGCGCUUCAAAUGCAUUAAGACUGAAUGAAAUGUGAAACUCAUUACAUGGCUUCACCUACCUAAACUAUAAGUACGAAGUUAGCUGAAGAAUCAGUGACUAUUUAAUAAUUUUUUUAAUGUCCUUAUAGUUUGUAAUUACAAGCUUGUGCAAAGGUGAUUGCUGCACCUAUUUUUUAAACAUUCUCUAUUUCCACACAGUUUUAUGAUUAAAGUGAAGAUUGAAAACCCUAUGAAAACUCUCUCUGUGAUAUGUGGUGAUAUUCUGUAACUUGCAACUCUUGGGUGAAACCAUACAACAGCAGAUGUGUCCUCCAAAUUGCACCAUUUCUAAGUUAUGGCUGCAGUGGGGCCCAUGUGAUUUCAGUGAGUUUUACUAAUUGAAACAAAAUUGACCUGAUUGUGGAGGAAGGUGUUAUUUCAGGGGACUUUGAGGUUUUAACACUAGGUGGAAGCAGAGCAUCAAUAAGAGUUGGUUUAAAAAGUCGAAGGACCACAAACCAUCCUCACUUGGGCUUUGUUUUCAUGCCAGUUUUUUUUUUUUUUUUUUCUGUGUAUCCAUUGAUUUAUUUUGAGUCAAGGUGUUAUAGAGAAAUAGUAAUACAGAUGUGCAAGUUUUGCAGUUGCAAAACUGUGAAAGGAAUAAGGUCAUACCUUAAGUCAUAUAGAGCAAGUCAUUUGUAUUUUCAAUGUGAAGUGUUAAUGAGUUCAUAUUAGGUUAGCAGUUAUUCCUAUCAUUAUAUCAUUGUUAUGUAAAAUAAUUAUGUCUUAGCAUUGGAAAAAGAUCCCAUUAUUGUAAAGAUUGUUGGCAAGUUAAAUUUUUAAUCCAUAGAGGAAGUUCACAGAAUGGCCAUAUAUCCCUGUUUGUAAAUACAAUUGCAGUACAGUAUCAUAUAAGGUCAAGUGAAUGAAUUUUUCAUAUUAAAUGUAUAGCCUUCAUUCACUUUUUUUUUUUGUCACUUAAACAUUCUCUUUUUGUUUGUGUAAUUUAAUGCUUGUCUGGUUAUGUGGACAUUCAUUCAUUUUGUUGAAAAAGAAUCUCUUUGAUGUUCUGUCAGAAUGUUAUCUAUUGCUUCUGUCAAUUAAAAAUGUGUGGGAUCUUUUUAAAAUGAUAGAAUUUGGGUACUCAUGGAAUGCUCUGUAUACUUGUCGAGGAAAUUUUCAAAUGAAGUCAUGAUUCAGAGUUUUAGAUUAUGGUAAAAUUGCUGGAUGUGAAUUUACCGUCGGCUAAUAGGAGAUGUUUUCAUUGUACCAUUUCCAGUGUAGCUCUCAGUUUUCGCUGCUUUCAAACUUUCAAAUUUUCUGAGGGUUUUCAUAUCUCAUUCCAUUUGUUUCAUUUCAUUUCAUGUUUUAGGUCGAAAAUGUGGGAGAUGACCCUGUAUGUUCAUAAAACAUCCAUUCUUGCACCAAGAUUUCUUACAAAGACCUGGGCCUUGUGCGCUCAUGUAUAAAGCUAAGAUUUGUAAUAUCAUUGUUUAGAGAGGUCAGCAUCUCUUACUAAACAACAGAAAAGCUACUUAUUUUAUGUUGAG